AUGUAUCCCCUUCGUCCCUUGAGCUUGGCCAUGGCCACUGUCAUGGCCUCAUCUGUCCUUUCGUUAGAACUCCCCAAGUAUACGGGUCUGAAAACUGCCCAGAACGACAGUAUCCUCACCGUCACGUUCCACAACCCGUCUUCACCUGUCAAUCUUUGGAACGAAGACACUCAAAAUGACCUGACUGAUUUGGUCUCUCGGCUCCAAACUGACAAUGAAACAAAGGUUGUCAUCUUCAAUAGUGACGUGCCUCGGUUCUUUGUCGCCCAUCUCGACCUCACCCUACCUGCUCUCGCUAAGCCUGAUUUCGUCGAAUCAUUCGCCACUUUGAUGUACAAUGUAUCGAGGCUGCCACAGGUCACCAUCGGCGCAGUCGAGGGCCGAGCACGAGGCGCUGGGAAUGAAUUCCUUGUCGCUCUCGACAUGCGAUUCGCCACCAAGGUAGACACCGCGUUUGGCCAACCCGAGGUCGGCAGCGGCUUGUUUCCCGGAGGAGGAGGUAGUCAAUUUCUUACGAAUCUAAUUGGUAGAGGACGGGCGAUGGAAUACAUCCUCAGCUCCAAGGACAUCACUGCAGUCGACGCCGCUGAAAUUGGCUGGAUCAACAAGGCCUUUGACACGUCGCGUGAGCUGUACGACUACAUCGAUAAGCUCGCGCAGAGACUGGCCUUGUUCCCCCAGUCAGCUCUCGCUGGUGGCAAGAAGACUGUUCACCGAGCAUCGCCGUCGCUUGAACAUGUUGUUGCAGAUGCGAAGGAUUUCUACAAGCAGCAAGGCGAUCCAUUGGUGCAGGAAAUCGGAAAGCGCUCUGCUGCGUUGUCUCAGAACGUGUCUGUUGUGGACCUGGAGCUCAAUAUCCCCGAGGUCCUCCCUCUUCUGUAUGCCUAA